UUUAGAGAAAAGUUUAAAAAUUAUGAAAAGUUAGGCUCCUUUUAUUUAGAGUACAUUGAGGGUCUAUAUAGCAAAAAAUGGAAUUUGACAAUGACUUUUUGCUGGCUCUACAACUCCAGGAAGAAAUGGAUUCUGAAAAAAUCAUUGAUCCAACCUCGCCAGAUAAUAAAAAAUUCAGAAGUCCUCUGCCAAAAAAAGGUGGAAAAACUUUAUCAAUUGUUGAUCCCCAGUGGGAGCUGAUAGAUCCUGUGCCUGAUAUACACGCUCUCUUUCAAGAAUUCAAUGCCACUUUCUUCUGGCGAAGACUUGAAGGUAUCGAAGUCAAAUGGAGCCCACGGAUGACAUUGUGUGCUGGUGUGUGCUCUUAUGAGGGUCAUGGUGGCUUGUGUUCUGUAAGGCUGAGUGUCCCUCUACUCAAACUGAGACCCAGAAAGGACCUUGUUGAGACACUAUUGCAUGAGAUGAUCCAUGCCUAUCUGUUCGUAACAGACAACAACAAGGACCAUGAUGGACAUGGGCCAGAGUUCCAAAAACACAUGAACAGAAUCAACAAUGAGACGGGAUCUAAAAUAUCUAUAUAUCACACAUUCCAUGAUGAGGUAGACCAAUACCGCCAGCACUGGUGGCGAUGUGAUGGUCCCUGUAUAACAAGAAAACCAUACUUCGGUUAUGUACGCCGUGCUAUGAAUCGUGCCCCCUCCCCUCGGGACCCUUGGUGGGGCCAGCACCAAGCAACUUGUGGCGGCACCUAUGUGAAAAUUAAGGAACCAGAGGGAUAUGGGAAAAAGAAGACAAAAGAACCUAAAGAAUCAAAAAAAGAAAAGGUAAAAAGCCCAGUCCCUGCGGGUAUGCAGGAUAUACGUACAGCAUUUACGGGAAAGGGACACAUACUAACUGACAAACCCACAGGUACCAAGGACAAAGGAAGCUCACAAGUGGUUAAACCCAUAGGUAGCACCAAGGACUUUAACAAAGACAUUGGUGCAUUAUCUAAAGCAAUUGGCCAUGAUGGAAAUAUAAGUAAUAAAACUAAAUCCGUUAGUCCUGCUCUAUUUGGAACUAAAUCUAAAGAACCUAGUGUGUUUAGCAGGAUCUAUGGUUUCAAAGGACGCGAUGAGCAAAAUGAUUCAGGGACUGUCUCAAUUUCCAGGGUGAGUCAGCCACCACCUAGCUCAACUAUAACAGGUCAAGGUCAAAUCUCAGGGACUAAAAAUGGUGCAAGUAAGCCAAGUGCAGUAUUUCAUGAAAGAAAGUUGUCAUUUUAUAAUUGGUGGAAUAAUGAAGGUAGUUAUGAAAGGGCUAUUGGAAAUACUAAUACAACUCCAGGAAGUAAAGACCAUGAGACUAGAUCGAAGCCCCCAGUAUCCAAUAGCCCAAGAGUAAAGCCUCAAGUACCAAAUAACCCAAAAGUGAAGCCCGCUAUAUCAAAUAGCCCAAUAAUAAAGCCUACUGUAUCAGAUAGGCUGAAUACAUUCACAGGGAAGGGGAAGCAAGCAGCUGUAACUCCAACAUCAAAGUUGAGUGGUGGGAAUAAUCUUCUUAAACAGCUUGCAUUAGAGAGGAAACAGAGAAACAAUAUGGCCGCUCAGCAGACGGCUCAGCAGUCGGCAAAACAGACGGCUCAGCAGACAUUAUCUGAUACUAAAAAUGACAUAUCCAGGAAUAUUACCAAAACCCCUGAUAAAACUGAAACUAGUCCUAUUCGAAAAAGAAUUGAAUCACCAAAUACAAUAUCAAAUUAUUCAAAUAAUAGUGCAAAGAAAAGUAAAACUGAUAUUUUGGGUGGAAUUAUGAAAAAGGCGGACCAAGUUUUUAACAAAAACAAAUCCAACUCAGAUUCAGAUUGUGACAUGGAAAAUCUUGUGCUAUCUAGUGUGAUGAAAUCAAAAUCAGAAGUCAAGACAGAAUCUGAAUAUGAUAAUAUUAAAGAUGUUGGUGCUAGUUCAGGACAACGAUCUGAAGAAAAAGAAAUGGACUCCAAGAAACGUCACCAUAGCAAAGACGCCUCAACAGUUGCUAAGACGUCAAAAAAGUCAAAAGUUGAUUACUGUGAUACUUCAGAUAGUGAUGAUGAGCCUAGCUUGGAUAAAACCAGGAUGAAAAACAGGCGUAAGAGUACCAUUAUAGAUGUUGGCUUGUUACCAGAUGAACCAAAUGGUGAAGAAAGAACUGCAAAUGUCUCAUUGUCCAAACAAUCAUUUGGUAUUUUACAAAUCAGCUCAGACUCAGACUCUGAAUUCUUUCCAAAGAUGAAGAAAAACAAGUUUAAAUCUGUGUCAGCCCGUGGACGGAUGAAACGGAAAUCGAGCAGUGAUUCUGAUAUAUCUGAUGUCCAAGUUCAAAAAAAUUCAACAAAAUCCAAAGUUAAUGCUGUAUCAAAAAUUUCAAAGACCAAAACGACCACAAAUAAUACAGCAACUAAGUCGAACUCUAUCGGAGCAUAUGUAUCAAAUGGUGUACUUCAGCGAACUGGUUCAACUUCAACUUCUAAAAUGCCAUCAGGUUCGAGUACACAAAUACCAAAGAAAACAGAAUCUGAGCCGCAAGCCUCAAUGGUGCCGUGUCCAGUAUGUGGUGAAUCUAUUAAGUCAUCAAGUAUGAAUGAACAUCUUGAUAACUGUUUGAACUAGUUAUACAAAGGUACUAACCAGAUUGCAUGAUACUAUGAGUUUGCUUGGCAGUAUCAUUUAACUUUGUGAUAUGGUCAGCUCAGUGUGGAUCCUUAAAAUGUUCACAAUGUGAUGUGGUCUUGUUAUUCAUGUCGAGCACUGACCAAAAUCUGAUUGAAUCUCUUGAAUUUAAAUAAUGUCAUUCUAAUGUCCUCUAAUAUUGCUCAAAUAUACAUGACAUGUACAUGCAAUUUUUCAAUUUAUACAACAUGAUUAUCAUAUCAUAAUGCACAAUUGUUUUAUGAGGUUAGUUGUAAAAAUUAAGAUGCU